AUGGGGAACCUGAGAUGGGACACAUCAGUGGUUAGAGACAUUGUCAUACAUGGCCCAGUUGCGCCGUCAAUGUCGCUUGCGCAUCCAAGCUAUUGCUUUCAAUGCAUGGCUCCCUCACCAGUCUCUCCAGUGAGAAGUUCACUGACAACCUUGUUCUUACGCAUCAACUGUAUCACUAAUGCUUCGAAUGCACAGCUAUCUAGCUCACCUCAAAUCAACGGUGAGCGAAACUUUAGCAGAAAUAACCACUGCACGACAAGUACACGGUUUUUGCAGCUGCUGAUGACUGUAGUUGAUGCGACAUUUUUACUCCAUCGUCAGAGUCGUCAAAUGGAGGUUGAUGAGGUUGCUCCAGCCGCGGCGCAGUCUGCAAAUAAGAAGCGCUUUGAAAUCAAAAAGUGGUAUGCUGUUGCGCUUUGGGCUUGGGACAUUGUUGUUGACAACUGUGCCAUUUGCCGUAAUCACAUCAUGGAUUUAUGUAUUGAAUGUCAAGCCAAUCAUGCAUCGGCAACAAGUGAAGAGUGUACCGUAGCCUGGGGAAAUUGUAACGGCGAACCACCUGAACGACAGCGUCUUCUAUCCUCGUCCCUUUCCAUAGAUACCGGUCAAGCUGCUUAUGGAGUCUGUGCAUCUCCUACAAAUCCGGUGAUAGAACAACCGUCUGACCGCGAUGCUAUGGUGAGGGAUAUAAUCAAAAUGGUUGAGAGCCGGGUCGUGGACGCUGGGGCCACAGACUUCAACUCUUUGGAUAAUCAAGAAUACGCAGAAAGGUCAAGGUAUUACGCUGACGCUGUCUCCCGGCGACCAAUGGGACCACCUGUGUUGCCUGUCGUACUUCCCCGGACCCUGGGAAACCCGGCUGCUGUGAUAGACGCACCAACUGCUAGCAAUCACGAAUUGCAGAUGGCCCGUGAAGUCGCCGCGGUCCAUGGAAACAUGUUCCAGGAUAUGCGCAGGCAAGAACAGGAUGAAAUUAUCACUCCUCUGAAGAAACCUUGAGAAGUGAUAGUGCCACGUUCGAUGUUCUCAGUGCUUGUUACCCAUACCCAGCGAUUUCACCAGCCUCCCGUUCCUCGCUCGUCAUCUGUUAUGACUUUCUCCUAUCAUCCCUGUGAUUUCGAAGAAGGGGCGGAAUCUUUUUUUUAUAAAAUUACAUUCUUUUGAAGGACAUAAAAAUAAUCUUGAGAAAUAUACACAUAUUUUGAUCAAGUGAAAUGCAGUAUGCUCUCGUAAAACCGGAUGACUAUUUGGGGGCAACGUGUAUUUGCCUGUGCGGCGGGGACAACGUCGAAAACAGGACUACCCUUCCUGUGGAAGAAAGGUGAACUUCGUUAUUAAGACAGUGUUACCAUUUUAUGAGGAAAUAAAGCUCCCCGUCUUUCUGCGUGACCAUACUGAUACAGUCCGGAGCGAGACCCCGAUCGAAACCAUACGGUUCGUUUGUUUCAGGCUGAAAAGGAGCGUCAGUAACAACCCAUGAGACUUACAAUGUCCACGAUUGUGGUUUUUUGGCGGUUUUGCUUGGAGUUGAACUUACUCAGCAACUGAGGGCAGUUGAGGUUGUACUCCGGCUCCCAAGAAUUCAUUUCUCUGUAACUGACCAUCAGUUGGCUGUAAAAAGAAACUUACGAGGGAUGGCCCUUCCACUUGAUAAGAUAUUCCGGUUCUCCGUUGCGGUAACGCACAUCUAAUAGUUCUUCCACCUCGUAUUCGCUUUCCUCAUCAAACUCGUCUGCUGAUUCCACAGGAGUCAUAGGUUCCUGAAGUAUAGCAUACGCAGGCUGGAGUACAUCAACUUCGGUGAAAUCCGCGAGAGAAUAGCUGAGUAGUGACAAGAUGGGAAGGUGUUGGUGGCAG